AUGGAGAUGGGUGAAGUCAGGCUGGGAGAAGUGGGAUUCAUUCCCCCCUUUAAAGUCAGGCUCCAGAGCUGGGUGAAGGUGGCAGAGGCGGAGGGCGGCGGGUCCGUCGGGGCCAGCGAGGGCCGAGCCCCCGGGGGUGCCCGGCGCGAGCGGGGGCUCCGUGGGUCGCGUGGGGGCCGAGCACCGGGGGGUCCGCCCUUCGGCGGGGUCCGGGGGUCCGCGUUCGGGCCGGCGGCGGCCCCCGUUGCGCUCCCCGGCCUCGGGGCGGGGAAAUGGACGGGCUGGCAAAGGCCGGGCGGAAUCGGAGCUCAUGCCCCCUUUAAUUUUUUUCAGCGGCGAGGAGGGGCGGCGGGUCGGUCGGGGCCAGCGCGCCGCGCCCCGGGGGUGCCUGGCGCGAGCGGGGGCUCCGUGGGUCGCGUGGGGGCCGAGCACCGGGGGGUCCGCCCUUCGGCGGGGUCCGGGGGUCCUCGUUCGGGCCGGCGGCGGCCCCCGUUGCGCUCCCCGGCCUCGGGGCGGGGAAAUGGACGGGCUGGCAAAGGCCGGGCGGAAUCGGAGCUCAUGCCCCCUUUAAUUUUUUUCAGCGGCGAGGAGGGGCGGCGGGUCGGUCGGGGCCAGCGAGAGCCGCGCCCCGGGGGUGCCUGGCGCGAGCGGGGGCUCCGUGGGUCGCGUGGGGGCCGAGCACCGGGGGGUCCGCCCUUCGGCGGGGUCCGGGGGUCCUCGUUCGGGCCGGCGGCGGCCCCCGUUGCGCUCCCCGGCCUCGGGGCGGUGAAAUGGACGGGCUGGCAAAGGCCGGGCGGAAUCGGAGCUCAUGCCCCCUUUAAUUUUUUUCAGCGGCGAGGAGGGGCGGCGGGUCGGUCGGGGCCAGCGAGCCGCGCCCCGGGGGUGCCCGGCGCGAGCGGGGGCUCCGUGGGUCGCGUGGGGGCCGAGCACCGGGGGGUCAGCCAUUCGGCGUGGGCCGGGGGGUCCGCGUUCGGGCCGGCGGCGGCCGUUCGGGGGCUCCGCGGCGAUGGGAGAGGGAGAUAG